CUGGUGCAGUGAACAAAUAGUCUGGCCCAGUAGCCUAUUGCCCAGACCAAAAUCAAGGGAAGAACUACCGUUUGGCCAAGUCCCAAGUUCGGCCGCACCCGCCUCACGCCGCUGCAGCCCGACACACAACAUCCGCGUCACGCCGCCGCUUUCCAGCACGCCACCCGACAUCUCUACCUGGUUGUCUGCGUAUCACUUCUUAGCUUUGUGGGAGUUUGGGUUGCCUUCUGCAGUUCUGCAAUUCUGCUAAUCGGCCCAGCAGCCCCAGCAGCUUCUAAUCUUUGUCUAGGUUGAUUUUUUUGUCCGGAUGUGGGCUCAUGUGAAACCAAAUAAUUUUUUAAUUGAAGGCUGCUCAGGCAACCAACUGAGAAUUCUAUCCUCGCAGUUUGGAUUUUUUCGACACUUUCAUUUCAAGACAAAUCCGAGAACCGGUUGUGAAUAUGUGUCACAUUCAUCAUCGGAUUCUGCCCAACGAAAGGCCCAAAGGGUUGUUGGGAUUUUCUGGGAUUUGGAUAACAACAAACCACCAAAGAUGUUACCUCCUUUUGAGGUGGCCACAAAGAUAAGAAAGGCAGCAGAGCAGUUUGGGUUAGUCAAGUACAUGAUAGCUUAUGCUAACCAACAUGCACUCAGUUAUGUCACACCUCUUGUUAGGCAGAAGAGGAAAGAGAUUAAAGUGUCAAAUGACUUGGAGUAUAUCUGUAGGGUGUGUGGGAGGAGUUUUUAUACUAAUUAUGAAAAGUUAAUUAACCAUUUUAAGCAUAUACACGAACGCGAGAAUAUGAAACAUGUGAAUCAGAUUGAGAGUGCAAGAGGCAUGAGGAGGGUAAAUUUGGUGGCUAAAUACUCUACAAAGAUGCAGAAGUAUAAAAAUGCAUGUAGAGGUAUUUUGACACAAAAAGUUGGCUACAGUUUGGCAGAUGAGGUAAGACGGGCGGGGUUCUGGGUUAAGUGCAUUUCAAAUAAACCAGACACUUCAGAUAUUAGUUUAAGGGAUCAAUUGGUGAAUAUGAUGAACAAACAGAUGGUUGAUUGUGUGCUUCUUAUAUCUGACAAUUCGGACUUCGUGGAUGUUGUGAAAGAGGCGAAGUCGAAGUGUUUGAGGACGGUAGUCAUUGGCGAUGUCACAGAAGGGGCUCUCAAGAGGGCCGCAGAUGCUUCGUUCUCAUGGGGGGAGAUAGUGAUGGACAAAGCUACGAAAGAAGCGAAUACAGUUGUAGGACAGUGGAAGGACCGUGAUGUGUUGAAAACAUUGGAAUGGACUUAUGAUCCAGUGAGAGACAAAAAAUACUAUUUCUUAUCUGACUUUGAGUGUGAGGUUUAUUCUGAUGUUGACGAUCGUUUUCUCUCUGGUGGGAAAUAGUGCUGAGCUGGCAUUCAUUCUAUGCAUAAGGAAGAUAGUAGAGAGUGAUGGGAGUUGGGCUCUAAGACUACGAAUGUGAACUGAUGACCUUCACAGUCAUUUUAAAGGGAAAUAACAUAGAGAUCUGCUCUGCCGUGUCUACAACCACCACACAAUUCCACAAAACCUUUAGAGAUCUGAUAAACGAGACAUUUCAUCCAUAAGUGGAUCAAUUUGUGAGUCUUCAUGGACAACAUUCUUACCUACUUGGAGAGUGAGCAGCAUAAAGAACAUGAGGAUUUGUGCUAGAAAAAACACUUCAAGAGAAGUAUCUCAUUGCAAAAUUUUCCAAGUGCCAUGUUUGUGGUGAAACCGAUAUUACUUGACGGGAUCAUGAAGCGUCAAUUUGAGGACAAAGAACUAUGACCGGUUCGAGGUUGGGGAUUUUCGGGAGAGAGAAGAUGGAUUGCUCUCGUCUCACUCUGGAUGCAUUGAUGUAAUGGUGAAUCCAAUAUUUGUGUAAUGUAAAUGUACACUAAAAAUAAAUUUGCUCUUGUCUCACCCAGGAACAUUGCCAUCAUCUCACCCUUGAAGGAAAAGUGAAGAUCAUUUAGAUAAGAGCGGGAUAAUCUGAUUACACUCAUAUUACAACCUAUCAAACUAAAGCUUGUUGUUUUGUUAGGUUUUGCCAUGUAAUCUUUCCAUUAUUCAUGUGAGAUAUUUGUAAACAAUACAUUUCAAGCUUACAAAGAAUUGUCACAUCUCGUGAAGACGUGAAGUAAAGUAUUCCCUAGUUUUAAGAUCAAAUAUGUGCCAACCUUUUUUCCAAAAAUAUAUUCAAUAAAU